GAGUGUUGAGUCCAGCGUGUGGUGUGGAGUCUUUGCGCCGCGAGAAUUACCUGAAUAAAACACCUGCUGCUGCUGCUGCUUCAUUUAAAAAUCCGUGGGGGUGUGCUCACUUUGGACUCCGCCCACUAGCAAAUCCCAAGCGCGGUAUGUGCACUUACCUGAGGCCAAACCUGGGAGCCCUGUCCACGCCCUGUCUUAUUCGAUUGGCGAGUGGGCGUGUCCUCCCUGCGGGCGGUGAUGUCAGAGCGACUCCUGCAGUGUAAAUGAAUCAAAGUGAUCUGCACUCCAGCUGGGAAGCGCUGCAGCAUCUCCGCCAGCAGAAUCCCGGCAACCCACGGCUCCUCCGGGCUGCCCACCUGUCAUUGGUACCGUCCAUGCCUGGCCUGGGGCCUCGCACCCCCUUCCUGCUCUUCUCUUUAUUGGUUGACAAGGUCAGAGCUUUUAGGGCAGCGGCACGUCGGUAAAAUGAUGCAAAGCUCAGCGCUCGCCACAGACGCUCCUGUCAAGGGGCUCCCAGAAAUGCUCGGGCUGCCAAUGCAACAAAUCCCACGCUGCUCUGGAUGUAAUGAGCACAUUCUGGACAAAUUUAUCCUGAAGGUUCUAGAUCGUCACUGGCACAGCGCCUGCCUAAAAUGCUGUGAAUGUCACGUACCACUGGCUGAGCGCUGUUUCUACCGUGCUGGAAAUGUUUACUGCAAAGAAGACUUCUUCAAGCGAUUUGGCACCAAGUGCACGGCUUGCCAACAGGGUAUCCCCCCAACUCAGGUGGUUCGCAAAGCGCAAGACUUUGUAUAUCAUCUGCACUGCUUCUCCUGUAUCAUCUGCAGCAGACAACUGGCAACAGGAGAUGAGUUCUACCUCAUGGAGGACGGUCGGCUAGUAUGUAAAGAGGACUACGAGACGGCCAAACAGAAUGACGACUCCGAAGGAGGGGCCAAAAGACCUCGUACAACAAUAACAGCCAAGCAGCUGGAGACAUUAAAAAAUGCCUAUAAGAAUUCUCCAAAACCAGCAAGGCAUGUGAGAGAACAGCUUUCUUCAGAGACUGGACUAGACAUGCGCGUAGUACAGGUUUGGUUUCAGAACCGACGAGCUAAGGAGAAACGCCUCAAAAAGGAUGCAGGCCGGCAGCGUUGGGGUCAUUUCUAUAAGAGUGCGAGGAAAUCAAGGCUGGGAAAGUCAGGAAAAGAAAGUUCUACAGAGGACUGUGGUGUGAGUGACAGUGAACUGAGCUACAGAGAUGAGCAGAUAUUGUCUGAACUUGGAUCAAGUGGUAGUAUUUACAAUUCUGGUGGAGAUCUUGUGCCUUUGAUGAAUGGAGGCUUUACAAUGGAUGGAACAGGACAAUCUUACCAGGACCUUCAUGACGGUAGCCCCUAUGAGAUGCCACAAUCUCCCUCUUCUAUCUCCUCCCUACCACCCCACAGGCUGCCAUACAACAUGGACAAUGCUGCUGGGCUUUUGAACCACCCUCCUCUCCGUGUACUACCAGCAGCCCCAAACUCUGAUAUCUCCACAGAGAGCAGCAUGGGUUACCCUGACUUUCCCACCAGUCCAGGCUCCUGGCUGGAUGAGAUGGACCAUCCCCCAUUUUAAAGCAAAUGGGGGUUCUACCUUCUAGACGAUCAACGAGUUUGCCAAACUCUGCAGACACCACUCUCAGCCUUUUGAAAUCUCUUAAAUGAAUCGUAUGCUCCCCUGAACAGCACAGACCCACAAAACAGCCAGAACAUGCAUCUAACCUAUGGUAUUAGAACUGGAAGUCACGAGGCAAUCAGAGGAGCCCAAAAUGAAUAGAAACACAAGGUACUGAUAAAUGUUUGCACUUUUGUUGGCGAUGGAUCUCCCUAUUUAAUCCUGGGAAUUCAAUGAAUGUGAACACACUCCACUCUUAAGAUAUUAUGUUAAAUGUCUAACAUUGUAUCUUGCAGUGUGAGCACAUAAUAUGGACACUCCCUGCCUCGAUGGACUCUGGUUGUGGUGGUGUAGGCAGGAGCCUUGUUCAUGCAAAUGACAAUCUAUUCUCAACACGAAUUAGCAUUUGUUCUCACACAGGCUAAAAUUCUUAUCUUUUUGGAUAAACCAAAUAGUGAUUGGAGCAUCUUUGGAAAUUCUUCCAUAACUGAAGAGCAUCUGCAUACUAUUCAUGAGCUUCUACUGAGCCCUGCAAUAUCAGUUCAUUGAGUGUCUCAGGGUUACAGGAGACACUAAGAAUUCUAGGUCUUUCACUAGUCCUGGAUCCUUAGUGGAAAGAUCUAGGGGAUAAAGUUGGCCUUGGUAGGAAAUUUCUUAAUACAGGGUGUAGCACAUUUUGUUAAGGUAGAGUACGUAUAGAAAGCAUCGCAUAAAGCCUCUCUGUGCUAGAGGCAUUUCCAGUGCAUUCCUCUGCUCCAACAAAAGACAGUUGUAAAAUGAAUCUUGGAAGACCUGUAUACUUUUUAACUGAGGAAAAUAUUUUUUCCACUAUAUUUUUGCAUAGCACGAUUCAUGUAUAUUUGGUGUUGUUAUUGCUGCACAAAAUUACUCCGUUACAGCUUUUGUGACUUGACAAUGCACAGUCUCCAUUCUUUCCAACAUGACAUGCAUUCUUCCUGUCAGUGCUCAACAACUCGUGUCAGCAGGCAAUCAUCAAUUGUAACCCAUCCAGUUUGAUGGGUUAUAAUUGCAUUAUAUAGUCUCCACUAUAUAACUUGUUGUCAUGGGAAAGUCAUGAUCAAGCCUUAGGUAACAUUAUUGUGUAUGUACACGUCCUGUUCUACUGCAGUCUCAUUGUAACCAUCCCAUUCCUGACACAGCACAAUCUCUCCUAUCUGCACAAAAACACACAUUACCUUCAAGUAAUGCAGUUUAUAAUGUGCACAGGACUUCUCUCUGCUCUACACCACCUGUUACAUUGACCUAGAGCAAACUGAAAAAGUUGCUCACUAAAUACAGUCAUAUGAAAAAGUUUGGAAACCCCUCUUAAUUCUUUGGAGUUUUGUUUAUCAUUAGCUGAGCUUUCAAAGUAGCAACUUCCUUUUAAUAUAUAUAACAUGCCUUAUGGAAACAGUAGUAUUUCGGCAAUGACAACGAUUAUUGGAUUAACAGAAAAUAUACAAUAUGCAUCAUAGCAAAAUUAGCCAGGUGCAUUAAUGUGGGCACUCCAACAUAAAUAUUACAUCAAUACUUAGUUGAGCCUCCUUUUGCAAAUGUAACAGCCUCUAGGCGUCCUGCGCCAGGGCCCUCCCCCUCUAG